AUGUUGGGACUCAUUGCGGUAGGAAUCAUUUUAGUGGAUAAGGCAGUGAAGAAGGCGGACGAAUCCAGGAAACAGAAGCAAAAGGCCAGUCUUGUUCGGUACACCGAAUCAAUGGACCCUUCUCCGCCUGCUUAUCUGAAACUGUCAAGGUUUAUUGGCAGCAAGGAAUUUGGAUCGCCGAUCCACACUAGCGUUCCGCGCAACAUUCGGUUCAUUGAAGUCAACUGCAACAGACACAUCGAGAGUAUCAAGUUUAUCACGUAUUCUGGCGACACCUAUAUCUUUGGGUUCUGGAAACCCGUGAAAGACACGUACCGGGUGGAGCUUGCCCGUGACGACCAGAUCACCAAGGUGACUGUACGGUUUGGCGAGCACCUGAACAAGAUCCGGUUCGAGACCAAGCUGGCUGGCCAGACAAAGACCAUGGGCAACAGCAUUGGGGGCAAGCAGAUCGAGGUGCCUAUUGAUCAGAACCGGCAGCUGGCUGCGAUCAAAGGUAUGUACUGCGAGCACAUCAGCGGGAUCCAGUUUGUUAUGUCCAUGUGA